AUGCUUCAAAUUUUUCAUUUUCUUCAUCCGUUCCUUUUUUUUUUCCUCCUUCAUUCUCUUUCAUAUCUGUCAUCAACAAUUUGUUUUUCUUCUUUCCUUUUAUCUUUUCACACUUCCUUUCUAUUCCACAUCUAUUCCUUCUUCAUUUUUUUUUUUUUUUUUUUUUCCAUUUUUUUACGUGGUUCCAUUUCCUUUAUUUUUCCAGAUUUGCGAUUCGUCAAACUUUCCAUUUUCUUCGGUUUUCUCUUUUAUUUUUUUCCAUAUCUUCUUUUCCAUAUCUCUUCUUUCUUCCUUUUCCUUUUUUCUUUCCUUUUUCUCCUUUUCCCAUUUAUCGUCUGUUCCAUAUCUCUCCUUCUUCCAUUUUCUUUUUCUCCUUUUCCCAAUUAUCAUCUGUUCCAUAUCUCUUCUUUCUUUCUUUCUUUCUUUCUUUUUUCUUUCCUUUUUCUCCUUUUCCCAAUUAUCGUCUGUCCCAUAUCUCUUCUUCUUUUCUUUUUUUUUUUCUUUUUCUUUUCCUUUUUCUCCUUUUCCCAAUUAUCAUCUGUUCCAUAUCUCUUUAUUUCUUUCUUCCUUUUCCUUUUUGCUUUCCUUUUUUCUUUUCUCCCAAUUAUCGUCUUUUCUUUGUCCCAUUUUCUCUUCCUUUUCUUCUUUUUUUUUCCUUUUUUUCUUUCCUUUUCUUUUCCUUUUCCCAUUUAUCGUCUGUUCCAUAUCUCUUCUUUCUUCUUUCAUUUUGUUUUUCUUUUUUCCCAAUUAUCUUUCUUUUUCCAUUUCUCCUUUUUCUUUCUUUCUUUCUUUCUUUUUUUUCUUUCCUUUUUCUCCUUUUCCCAAUUAUCGUCUGUCCCAUAUCUCUUCUUUCUUUCUUUCUUUUUUCUUUCCUUUUUCUCCUUUUCCCAAUUAUCAUCUGUUCCAUAUCUCCUCUUUCUUCCUUUUCCUUUUUGCUUUCCUUUUUUUCUUUUUCCCAAUUAUCGUCUGUCCCAUAACUCUUCUUUCUUCCUUUUCCUUUUUGCUUUCCUUUUUCUCCUUUUCCCAAUUAUCGUCUGUUCCAUAUCGCUUCUUUCUUCAUUUUCUUUUUUCUUUCCAUUUUCUCUUUUUCCCCAUUGCCGUUUUUUCUAUACCUCUUCAUUUUUCAUUUUCAUUUUUUCUCCUUCACUUUUUCUCUUUUCGCCUUCUUUUCCAUAUCUGUCAUCCUUCAAGGUUUUAAUUUUUUUCUUCUUACUUUUUUUCUCAUUGCGCCAUUCUCUUCUUUACCAUAUUUUUUCUCUUGUUUUCUUUUUUUUCUCUCCUUUCAUUUUGUUGUCCGUUCCGCCUAUCUUUCUUCCUUUUUUUUUUUUUUUUUUAUUCAAUUUUCAUUCCUUUGUUGAUUUCAUCUUUUCUCAAUUUAUUUACUUUUUCAUCUUCAUUAAAGAUAAUAAUUGA